AUGUCGCGCUUUGAACUUUUUUCUCCUGAGGGAUUACGCAUAGAUGGCCGAAGAUGGAACGAAUUACGGCAUUUUAGUUGUAAAAUCAAUACACACCCUAAUUCUGCUGAUGGAUCGUCAUAUGUUGAACAGGGUCUCACAAAGGUCGUGUGCAUAGCUAAGGGCCCUCGUGAGCCAGAUGGACGCAAUCAAACAAGCAAUGAUGGCGUUUUGCUAAACAUUGAUAUUACAGUUCCACCAUUUAGCACUACUGAGCGCAAGAGACGAGCUCGCAAUGAUCGUCGGAUACAAGAGAUGUGCAUUUGCUUACGACGGCUAUUUAAAGAAGCAGUGCUGUCGCACUUGUAUCCCCGUACUGUCAUUGACAUUAAUCUCUAUGUGGUGGCCGAAGAUGGCGGGAUGUUGCCAGCAUGUAUCAAUGCAGCAACUCUUGCUUUGAUUGAUGCAGGCAUUUCAAUGAAGGAUUAUGUUUCUGGCUGCUCGACAGCUAUGUACGGAGACAACCCACUUUUAGAUCCUUGCCAUGCUGAGGAGCAAGACGUUUCAUUUGUUAAUGUGGGCGUAAUUGGCAAGACCACUGAACGGCUUUCGCUUUUACUGCUAGAAAACAAAAUGCCACUGGAUCGUCUGGAGCCAGCAAUUGCACUUUCACUUUCAGGCUGCCAAUCCAUUCGGAGCAUGAUGGAUGCCGAGGUUCGGAGGCAUGGUGCUAGCCGUAAGGCCAAAACAAUAUCACUUGAGUAG